UCGUACUCAUACUGUUUCGAACCAUUCUAGCGCUCGGUUUGUUUGUUAUACGUUCCGUUAUUAUCGAACUCGCUUUGGAUUUGGCGAACUCGGGGAAAAUAGAACUUUUUUUUUGUUGAACUCGGCGAAUAUCGAUGUGCGGCGAUUGUGGAUUUUUUUUUUUUUGGUUGAAAAUAUAUUAACAAAAUAACAAAAUUUAAACUGGAGUGACGCAAAUUUAAACGUGUUUUUGUUUAUUUUGUGACAAUUCUAGCGUAGAACUGACAUCAAAACUAUAAAAGAAUAUGACAAAAAAUUAUAAACUAUUGACCGACGACCAUCUGCAUCAAACGUGAUUAAUUUGAAGUGACAAAACAGAAACUAUAUUUAAUCCACAAAAGAGAAAAGAUAUUCACCGGAAAAGUGUUUGAUAAGAGCUUAAAGUGUUGAUAAACAGACAAGGCAAAAUGUUGGAGUUCUUUCAUCCGCCAAAUAUCAACCAACAAUCCGAACUGAUGCAAGGACAUCCGGAAAAUAUAUCAACAACACUGUCCUGUCACGAAAGGACCGGAUUAGGUGCUGUAAAAUGCGAAAAAACUUAUGAACUAUGUGAGGGCUGCGGUCAAAAAAUACACGAUAGAUAUCUUAUGCGAGUAGGUGAUGCUAGUUGGCACGAACAGUGUUUAUCAUGUUGCGUUUGCGGUGUACCACUAGACCAUUCUUGUUAUGUGCGAAAUUCCAAACUGUAUUGUAAAACAGACUAUGAUCGAAUGUUUUCGAUCAAAUGUUUGCGAUGCGGUGAUCGAGUCCAACCGAAUGAUAUGGUGAUGCGAGCGCAGAAUUAUGUAUUUCAUUUGACGUGCUUUGUAUGCUGCGUUUGUUGUCAGCCAUUGCAAAAGGGCGAGCAAUUUAUUUUGCGCGGUGGUCAAUUAUUUUGUCGACACGAUUUCGAAAAGGAUUUAUACCUAUCGCAGCACCAAUGUCCGGAUGAUGAAUUUUUGAUGGAUGAAAUGCGGCCGAGAGAUGGACGACGUGGACCAAAACGACCAAGAACCAUUCUAACAUCGAGUCAACGUCGUCAGUUUAAGGCAUCAUUCGAAAUGUCACCGAAACCAUGUCGCAAAAUUCGCGAAGCAUUGGCCAAAGACACUGGAUUAAGUGUACGAGUUGUUCAAGUGUGGUUCCAAAAUCAACGUGCCAAAAUGAAGAAGAUCCAACGGAAAUCGAAACAAGACGGCGACAAAACAUCCGACAAAGACAGCUCAAAGGAUGACAAAGAUUAUUUGGGCAAUUCAAAUGACAGCUUCUGUAGUUCAGAUAUUUCGUUGGACGGUAGCAAUUUUGAUAAUUUAGAUGAGGCCACUUCGGAUACAUUAUCUCUACAAAAUUUAGACUUGCAUGCAACGCACAUCCACACCAAUCUACUUGAUGGCACAGCGACCGCAUCGAACACAUCAAACAUCGGCAAUGUCAAUCCAAUCGAUAAAUUGUAUCUUAUGCAAAAUUCCUACUUCAAUUCGGAACAAUGAAAUUCGGAUUAUGCGUGUCGUAGUCGAAAAACCAUCGAAAAUAAGGCAAUCAUGCUAUGAAUUCAAUUAGGCAUUUCAAUACUAUUUAUUUUGCUUUGGAUCAAAACAUCCCUCUCUUUUCGUUUGUCGAUUGUUUUAAAUUCGAUUCAAUUCUAUGCGGUUGAAAGCAUUGUAUCUUACUUAUAUGGAACCAUUUCAACCGCAAGGUACAACCAUGAACAAGAUGAGACAAAGAGAGCGAUAACAACAACAACCGAAAAAAGAUCAAGCAAAACAUCAACGUAUGUGUGCCAAUUCUAUAUUGUACGCUAGCUUUAUUAGCAUUGUUUCGAUAUGUUCAAAGCCAUACACACAAAUCAUACAGUUUAUCUCUAUUUACAAUUUAUGCAACCUAUAUUUAUUUUAGAAUGGUAAAAUCAAAAAAACAAAAACAAAAUUAUCGAAUUUAUUUGAUUUAGUAGUAUUUAAUUUUUAGUGAAGAAAAAAAAUAAGAAUAAUCAGGCAGAUACAAAUCGACCGUAAUGCUUUAGUUAACUUCACGGUAAAGGGAUUCGUAUUUGAAAUGACAACAAGAAGAAAAUUGACCAUCAUUGCCGAGCAUACAGCGAUUUGCAUGCAAUGUAAGUAUUUAAACCAAUUGAAAGUUGCGAGCGCCUCGAAUUGAAUUAGCGCAAUGAAGCUGUAGAACUAAUUUACAACUACACAACAAAUUCACCGAGUUUAUUGUACUAACGCCAUUUGUAUGGUCGAUCCACCAAAACAAGGAGCAAAACAUUCGAUCUCUGUUCAUCUGUUGUUUCUAUUUAAACUAUAAAUUUAAGAAAAUGAUGAAUAAAACAAAUACAAAUUCUAUAAAUUUUAUACACUUCGAAGUAUGUAUAUGAUUGUGAUUGACUCUAGUCAUAAUUCUUAAUGAAAAAUUGAUGAGAGCGAUAAAUGUAAGACAAAUUCCAAAACCAAAAAAAUAAA